CCCUUACAUCAUUCUGUAAAACCCUACCCAGCUAGCUACUCUUAUCUGUACCCUCAAUUGUACUUGAUGCAAAACAGCACUGACCGAGAUUCAAGAAACCCUGUCAGAGCUUCAAAGUUCAAGUCUUUUUAACUUCAUGGAUCCACAGAAUCCAGCAGAAAAGCGAUUCUCACUGCGCAAUGACAAACAAAGUAGCAUUGCAAAGAACAAGAGCAGCAAAGUCACACUUCAAGAUAUCCAAGUUGUCCAUAAUUUGAUUGAAAGGUGUCUGCAGUUGUAUAUGAACAAAGAUGAAGUCAUCAAUACCCUCUUAGAUCGUGCUAGGAUUGAGCCUGAGUUUACAAAAUUGGAUGUUUCAUUUUUAUCAAUCCGGGGGUCAUUUUUGGUACUUUUGUGUAGACUCUUUUCCAAUCCAUUCGCAGAAAUAAAUGGCGUGUUCUCCACCAUCCAGCUAAUUGCUAGGCAAAUGCUGCACUUAUGGCAGAAACUGGAAGAAGAAAAUGCAGAAUUUUUCAAGGCCUACCACCUAAGGCUGAAGCUCAAAGAUCAAAUUCAUAUGUAUAACCGGUUGCUUGAGCAGCAAUACCAUCUGAUGAAACAGCAAGAGCGUGCAGAGUUUAAGAUAGCUCCUGUGCAGAAUGGAAUGCGUCACAUGCCUGGUUAUCCCGAAAUCAAUUCCAUGGGCACCAUCUCUAGUUGUCAUGGAGUUAAUGGAAUACCUGCUCCAGGAAACUUCCACAGUAUGCAACAUAAGUGUGUGAAAGAAAGAAGUCCAGCUAAUACAGUACCUUUCUUCCCCGCUGGUGAUAUGAAGUUAGAUGGGGCUUCAAGUCCUGUAGCAGUGGCAUUGAAUGGACAAUUUUCCUUCACUCCUGAAACAUCAGGGCUAAAUCUGGACACACCAGUGCUUGACUCUGCAUUUACUUCUGAUAUAGCAAAUCUAGAGAGGUUGCGUCUUGGAGCAGAUGGUCAGAACACAUGUCCUGAGGAGUCACUUCAAUCAUCGGAUCAGAUGACUUGGGAUUUUGGCUUCUCUAAUACUGCUGAAUGGUCAAACUUUCAAGAGUUUGGACCAGCGGGGAACUAUUCAGGCUCAGAGUUUCAACCUUCUCAGUUGGAUAUUAAUCUUGAUUCUGCAGAGCAAAAUGACAUGGUUGAUGGGUUCCUUCUCGAUGGUCCACCUGGUCAAGGCACUCAACCUGCAGAGGAAACUAAGCCAAAGUGAGUUCUUGUGUAUUUGAGCGCCUCUAGUGUUCAGGAUCAGAUAGGUUUACCAUGCAGGUCAAAGUGCUGCUUAGUCAUGAAUAUUAAGAAUUAGAUGCUUCUUUUGAGCAAGAUAUGAACAUCUGUUCAUGAUGAAUAUUCCAAUCUAUAGAGUUUUGGUUACAGUCAUAUGAAAUGCAUAUCAGGGUUGUUUGUAUUUUA